AUGAGUACAAAUGGAGAUACAGCAGCAUCUAUUUUUAUGCAGCCAAGGCGGCAUAUGAUUGGAAGUGCUUUCGUUAUUUGGAUUGAUGAUAAAUUCGAUCCAGCAGACGAAUCCUGUCAAAAUAUCCUAGUGCAGCUUCAAAGCGCAGUCCCUAAUGUUUAUGUUUUUCGACAACGCGAUGAAUGUGCUGAUUUUCUAACUGAUAUUAGUGACACGGAUGCGUAUCUGAUCAUAUCUGUACCUGUUGGGCAACAAAUGAUUCCGUUGAUUCAUGAUGUUCCUCACCUGAAGAGUAUCUAUGUCUACCACAGAAGUCAACAUAUAGACGCAAACGACAACUACGCUUGGAAUAAAGUUAAAGGUAUAUAUACGGAAAUUACGCUACUCUGCGACGCAUUGAAAAUGAUCAAUAAACAAUGCAAUCGAAAUGACAUAGCCUUAAGUUUCCUGAAAACCGAUAUUGAUGCUGACUCUCAAAAUAUCGAUCAACUUGAUCCUACAUUCAUGUACACUAUGUUACUUAAGGAGGCUAUAUUAACUACCAAGUAUGACGAAAAAGCCAAGAGCGAUUUCAUUCAACUUUGGCGUGAUGCUUACAGUAACAAUACUGCUAUACUGAGCCAUAUCGAUGCGUUCGAGAAGGCCUAUUGUUCGCAAAAAUCAAUCUCUUGGUAUACUCGUGAGUAUUUUAUUUACCAGAUGCUCAAUUGUUCUCUUAGAACGUUGGAAGUUGAUGUCAUUAUGAAGAUGGGCUUUUUCAUUUGUGACCUUCAUCGACAAAUCGAAAGUUUACAAAAGCAGCAGAUUAUCCAUUAUCACGAAAAGACUUUUGAAGUUUUUCGAGGACAAGGAUUAUUCAUAGUCGACUUCGCCANUGAAUAA